AUGCUUUCUCGAUAUCGAAAAGAAAAGAAGCCAAUUACAGAGGAUCAGCUAAUUACUGUACCUCUUCUUGUGAAAGGUCUUGCUCUCCUAGUCUUGGUCUUAGUAGUUCCACUAGAAUUAAUAUUAAGAGGAACAAUAGAGGAUGUAGGAGAAAGAAUUGUUCUUCAUAUACAAAAAUCAAGAACUGAAUCUUCUGAUAAUUUCUUUCGAUAUUUAUCCUAUAUAGCUGACAACGUCUUUUUACUUGCAGUUGCUCCAGCACUUUAUCAUAUUUAUGACCCGAGAAGAGCAAUAAGGCUUAUUUUGAUAUGAUGUUUUUCAAUGUACUUGAGCAGUUUAAUAUCUUUAAUCUAUGGAGAGCCAAGACCUUAUUGGAGUGAUAACGAUAUAAAAGGAAUAUCCUGUGACAAUGGCUUUGGUUUGCCUUCCCCAGAAUGCAUGCUUGGAACAGUCGUUUAUGGGUCACUCAGUGUGGAAUUUUUUCAAAAAAAAGAUAAAUGAAUCAAAACAAUCGUUUAUUCUUGCACAUAUAUAAUUCUGGGAACUCUAGGAUAUGGAGGAAUAUACAUGGGAGAGCAUUAUCCUCAUCAAGUUUUUAUUUCUUAUUGCUAUGGCUAUGUAUUUAUUAUUAUUUGUUUUGCUUUUGAUAAGAAAAUCAUGAAUUUAACUAUGAAAAGUUGCUUUACUCCCCCCCCAUCCUUGAUCGAACGACUCGUCAUCGUUCGAUCAAGGAUGGGGGUUAAAAAAAAUUUUUUGGGAAAACAAUUUUAUAUAUAAAAUAAAAAAUAUAUAUAUAUAUAUUUUUUUAUUUACUUUUAAAUAAGAGGGUUAAGAGUAUUUAAUAAUUAUUUUUACAGCUAAAAAUUGAAUUAAUUUCAUAAAAUACCAAUUUUUAAUAUUUUGAUUUAUUAGUUACCCUUUUAAACUGUAUAAAUUUUAAUUUGUUCCUUAUUAAAUUAAUUUUUUUUUUAAAAAUUUUAAAGAAUCUCUAUUUUAUUAGAUUAUUGAGUUUUUAAGCCUAGGUUGAUGAUUAAAUCACUUCGGAUGGUUGAUUCCGCAGCUUUCUGUCAUCUCAAAGCUCUGAAAACAACUUCAUUAUGUACAUCUUCCCAAGCUUUUGAUAACUAAUAUAUUUUUAUAUAUAUAAAAAUUUGCAUGAUAUGAAAAUCGUUCGAUCAAGGAUGGGGGUUAAUUUCUCCAAUUUUUAGGAAUUUUGACAGUCAAUCGUUCGAUCAAGGAUGGGGGGGAGUUAGGUACAAGGCAAACAAAAAAUAUUCAGUUUAUUGGUAUAUUGGCACUUUAUUCCUCUUGCUUGGCGCAAUAGCAAUUUAUGAUGAAAUUACAUUAACGACUAAUAUAGAUAUUAGAUGGAUCGCUAAUGCUUCUAAAGAUUGCAACUUAAAAUAUGAUGUUGGAGGCUCUUCAUCCUUUUAUAGAUCUGCUUGAAUAUUUUAUAAUUUUGGCUUGGUGGCAGGAUCAAUGCACCUUUCUAAAAAACUCACAAUGUUUUGGUGGCUUACUGAUUAUUGGAGAAGAUGGGUGAGAUUUGCGAUCUCUUUUGGCUUUUCUUUAGGUGUUUAUUAUUUAUUUGGUAAUUUCUAUCUCAGCUCUGCUUAAUUUGAAUGACACAACAACUGAUUUUACAUUUCAUUAUGCAGUUCCUUACUUUAUUAUUUCAUACACUUACUCAGGGCUACUACCCCUAGUUUUUGCAAAAAUACAGCUAGUAGUAAAUGUUGGUCCAGGAAUUGAUGAUGACGAUGGAUUCACAGGAAUUAGCUCAGUUGGGCCUCAUACAUUUAAGUAG